GUUCAAAAAUUGAUAAUGAUGCUGAUGAUGAAGCCGAAGUCGAUAAUUAGAAAUAAAAGCAAAAGAAAACCGGCUGCCGAACUUAGUUCGGGGUUCCAAUUUAUCACAGCCACACAAUCAAACAGAUCAGUUUACGAGGUGCCGUUGCUCUACGUUCGCCUUACCUACGCAUCUGGUAUAAAUAGUUUGGGAUACUGUGAAUUGGUACAUCAGUUGAUCUGUUACCUGCUUUGCGUGCACAACACUCACGUUUCAACGAGCAAUAUGAAGACUUUGAUUGUGCUGGCACUUUUGGUGGCUGCCGCAUCGGCUCUGCCACAAUUUGGAUUCGGUGGUCCAGGCUUCGGUGGCCCUGGAUUCGGUGGCCCAGGAUUCGGUGGCCCAGGAUUUGGAGGUGGACCUGGAUUUGGAGGCGGCUUCGGCGGUCGUCCAGGAUUCGGCGGCGGCGGCUUCGGCGGUAACCCAUAUGGCGGCGGAUUCGGUGGCAACCCAUACGGCGGCGGAUUCGGUGGCGGCCCAUACCGUGGUGGUGGUGGAUUCGGUGGCGGCCGUGGUGGCGGUCGUGGUGGCGGCGGCGGAUCUGCAUCGGCCUCAGCCUCAUCCAGUGCUUCAGCUGCAGGUGGUGGUGGCGGUGGUGCUGCAUCAGCUUCAUCGUCCGCCUCCGCCUCCUCAAGUGGCGGUGGAUUCCGCGGCUAGGCUAUCAAAGCUGAUGCCUGGAGCAUCGAAACGAGAUUACAAAUAAAUUAAGUUUAAUUAUUAAUAAAAAGUCUGAAAACUACAAAAAAAAAAA